UGCCCCCAUGGGGGUGGGCUCUCGGGGUACCAGGACUGGUUUCUCUAUUCAAAAACACACAGAUGUUACUCCACGCUUCAGAUCAUUUCGCUGCUGCUGGGCAGUUUCAUUCGCUGAGCUGGAUUGAAGGAACUGUGGGGUGGCUGGGUUUAUGUAGAGCGCUUUUUCAUGGGCUGCAUUAACUUGGGGGGACUGAAAGCAGCUGCAGGAUUAGAUACAGAGAUGCUUUGAAUUCUGCUUCUGUGCUUAAAGAAAGGGAUUAUGACUGAAUGGAAGUCAGCUAACAGCAUGUGGUGGGAAUCUCAGACCAUUCACUCUCCAGACCUGAGAUUCUGCCAGAGCAGUUGUGUUUCUCCAGAUCUUUCUGUGUCUGAUUUGUAUUUGGCUGCAUUGAAUUUCUCCUGCUUUUUGUGUACUGGACAUUCACGGGCCACUUUCACAUUGUUAUGAAGAUAGCAGUAUUGAAGCUAUAUUAGAACAGGUGAUGAAGGAAUGUAGGACCAACCUUGGAGAUGCCGAAGAGACGGGACAUCCUCGCAAUUGUAUUGAUUGUUUUACCCUGGACUCUGCUUAUUACAGUUUGGCACCAAAACGCCAUCUCACCCUUGCUAGCCCUGAGAAAGGAUGAUGGGAGUGAGAAUGGCAACCGCAGAGAUCUUGGUCAAUCAUCAGGUUCCAAGGAAUAUUGUCCGUCAGAUAAGGAUAUUGUGGAGGUGAUAAGGACAGAGUAUGUUUACACACGGCCUCCUCCCUGGUCGGAUAUCCUCCCCACAAUUCAUGUCAUCACUCCAACUUAUAGCAGGCCUGUACAGAAAGCAGAACUGACAAGGGUUGCUAACACCCUACUACAUGUGCCUAAUCUCCACUGGAUAGUGGUGGAGGAUGCACAGAGAAGAACAACACUGGUGACCCAACUCCUCAAGGAGACGGGCCUUAACUACACACACUUGAAUGUAGAGACACCACGCAGUUACAAACUGAGAGGAGAUAUUCGAGAUCCUCGUUUCCCACGUGGCACAAUGCAAAGAAACCUGGCACUAAGAUGGCUUCGGGAAAUGUUCAAUUUAAACAACACGCAGCAAGGGAUCAUAUAUUUCGCAGACGAUGACAACACUUACAGUUUAGAGUUGUUUGAAGAGAUGCGUGCCACAAGGAAAGUCUCAGUCUGGCCUGUUGCCUUUGUGGGUGGACUCCGUUAUGAAUCUCCAAAAGUGAAUGCAAUGGGAAAAGUUUAUGGAUGGAAAACAGUGUUUGAUCCACACAGACCAUUUGCCAUUGAUAUGGCAGGGUUUGCAAUAAACCUUCGAUUAAUCCUGCAGAGACCUCAAGCUUACUUCAAGCUGCGUGGAGUAAAGGGUGGCUAUCAAGAAAGUAGUCUUCUACGAGAGUUGGUGACACUAAAUGACCUGGAACCUAAAGCAGCCAAUUGCACUAAGAUUCUAGUUUGGCACACAAGGACUGAGAAACCUGUACUGGUGAAUGAAGGCAAAAAAGGCUUCACAGAUCCGAACGUGGAAAUAUAAAUGCACAGAGAAAUUGACCUUAAACCUGGCUACAAGCUGAUUGCUCCAUUCUCUCACCACACGUACAAUGGAUAAAAUGGUUGUGGUUCUACCUUUUGGAAAAGCAACAAUGUAGAUUGUGUACUUAUGUGACAAGACAAAGGACAGGUCGUGUCACCAGAUAAUUAAAUGGACAAAGCACAGAAGAGAGUUCUGACAAAUGAACUACAAUAAUUAGAGAAUGUGUUCUGUGACGUCAUUUAACAAGGC